GCAAUGGCGAGGAAGAAGACGACGGGAAGAAAGGACGGUUCAGUUGUGGCAAAAUUGUGUGGAAUGUGCUGAGCGAAAUCUCCUCGAAUGGAUGAAUGGCUGACCUUAGGCCCGCUACAACAUCAACGAGCCAGACGCAGCAGAUCAGUGCGCCGCAGGAGAAACCCUUGCAGCUGACCAAGAAGUCGAAAACAAAACGCAAGCCUGGCAGGAAAGUGGCGUGGGCGGCCGGAACGGUUGACAACGAGAACAUGAACCGCAAGUCAUCCAAGUGCUGUUGUAUCUACGUCAAGCCCACUCCUUUCGGGGAGUCUGAGGAAGAGGAUGACCAAGACGAGUGCCCCAACUGCCGAGGCCACAUUAUGUACCGGAAGGACGGCCACCUCAGAAGCCCACCUCCCGAAGUUCAACAAGAGUCCGAUGCGCUUCCGCCCGCUGUCCCAGGCAGCAGCGGCGCGCCGGGUCCCAGCAAGGCCAUCUCUUCGCAAACUGGGCUGUCCAAAUUGCCGUAGAUUCAGUCCUGAAUGGCGCUUAUAGUCAAUCACGGAACAUGUAAAGAGAAAGUAACUUAUUUACGCCGCCGA